AUGGCCUCUCUGCGCUCCAUUGUGCUCAUCUGUUUCACAUGGACCAUCAAAUGCUACCUCUGUAACGGUCAGUGCAGUGCAGUGGAGCUACUGUUCAUGCCUCCCCGGCCAUGUCCUGUCAACCAGUACUGUUUAACCAGCAUCGUACAGCGAGGUGGGGCACGGAAGAUCUUCAAACGCUGCGUGGACCGUGUGACUUGUGAGCAGGAAUGGUAUGACCAGACCUCCGAUAAGACCGUAUGCCAGACGUAUGACGGCACUUCCGGUGCCCCCCAGGACCUCAGCUGUCAGUUUUGCUGUACCACCGACGCCUGCAACCCGAAGGCGUUCAAACCGGCUGACCGGACACUCUACAGGCCCUGAGCUACGUCAUGUGCGGGUUCGUCUGUGUGGGCUUGUGUGUGACAAGUCUUGUGAGCACACCCUCACAGUGUUUCAUGACGUCACAGACACAUACAGGCAUUGUUUCAUGCAGCAUGGCGUCACUAAAACACAGGCUUGGUGUCUCCAUGUCAGCCUAAAACCAUCUCACGGAGGUGGAAUUUGCCACAGCCUGAUGCAUUCUUCGUUUUUUCCGCCAAAAUAUUAACAAAUAAUAUGAACAAAACCCAAUAAACACCAAUAAAAUCAACAAAAACAGCAGGGGCAAAUUGUAAAGCCAAGAGCGCAAGUCAAUGACAGGAAGAACGACAACAGCAACAACUACAAUAAGCUGAAUGACAACUAUAGCUGUAUUUAUGACAGCAGCAGAAGCAACAACAAUGACAAUAACAAACUAGGUGACUGACGGCGAAUAGGAAUAAAGUUGGCCAAUCAUU